AUGGAGGGUGCCCUUGUAUUUUUGGCGAAUGCUGCCGGCAAGAUAGCGUCGGCUGACGAGCGGGACAAGAUCGAUGGCAGGAGCAUGUAUAACCACCUCCAAGAAACGUCUCAGUUUCCAGUGCUGAGCGAAAGGUCUCAGGUUCCAGGCCAAGCGCAAACUCUGACUUUAUCGGGGCUGCCGCAAGUCCAUCCAAACUUCCCUAUCCACCUGCCUCUGGUGCCCUACUCUCGAAAGUCAUCUAUGACAUCAGAUACACCAAGCCACAGGAACAGCAACUCUGGUCCUGCUCCCCGUUCUACAAACGCCAACACCUCCAGCUCUAACUCUGGCUCAAGCUCGAAUCCACCCUCUGCUUCAGUCAACAUGGGUGCUGCUCAAUGGCCAUCGUAUCUCAGCCGGCCUGAAGAUCAGUCACAGCGUCUCACCAUGCCACCGGCAGAGUCUGAAGCGGAUGUGCGUCCACGAGGAACGCUGGACUUGAACGCUAUCGUUUAUAUCGGUGAAGAUGGGAUCCUCACGGCAUCCGAAGCAGAAUACUUGAUCAAAAUGUUCUUCACAACCAUGCAUCCUUUCUACCCUCACAUACCCAAAUUUUUGCAUCUGCCCUCAGUUCUAGCGGGAUACCCUAUUCUCCUUUGUGCUGUCCUCACGAUUUCAUCUCGUUACCAUACGUUGAAUAGCACCACAGCUGACGGAACACCUAAAAACAUUGACGUUCAUGACAGGUUAUGGCUUUACGUCCAAAGGCUUAUUUCACAAACCGUUUGGGCUGAGGCUUCUACGAGGUCCAUCGGAACAGUGUUUGCAUUCUUACUUUUCACUGAAUGGAACCCUCGUGCUAUUCACUGGAGAUGGUCGGAUUACGCUAACCGUGCAGACGACCCGUGUGAUACAGCAAUGUCUUCGAAUCCGCUCUCAUAUGCUUCCUCGGUUGCUGCUGCCACUUCAGAUGAGCCAGCUGGUCUUGGUGCUAUACGUAGAUCGUAUAGGAUGGCGUGGAUGCUCAUUGGCUCUGCUGUCCGUUUGGCACAAGAUACUGGUUUCAUGGAAGUGAGUUCAAAAACCUUUUUGGCUACACACGUAGCUGAAAUGAACAGUGUGAUGAACAUGAGUCGAAGAAGUAUGUUAAGUGCUUCUCUCGCCGAUGUCGAGCUCGACCAUGGAACUAUCUCAGAAGCCGAUAUGGAAUUGAGAGAGGACAACGAGUACAAGGUUCUCAACAUGACCGAAAACGAGCAGAAGAAAAUCACUGCCGAGAACUUCUUAUCAUUCACUGAGCCACAGAAGGCCCAUAUCGAGUUACUACAAAUCAUGGCUUUGAGUCACGAAUCUUUGUAUGGUUACAAAGCACCACUUGGGUCUCUCUCUCAGCGUCAGAAUCUCGCGGUGCUUAACAUAAUCAGCCCUAUGAUCAAUAAUUGGGCGAGGAAAUACAGACAUUUGAUGCAGCCACCAUCAAGCAAAUGGCUUCGACAAUACAACAUUGACGAUCCAAGCUCGUGUGACGAUGCCACCGCCAGCAAACUAGCUGCAUACAUUCAGGCAGAAUCUUUCGUUUUUGAGUACAACUAUGCAAGGUUAUACGUUUUCUCCUUGGCGCUCAGUCCGACGCCCAAAAACUCCUCUCCAUCGGGCGGCAAGGUCAACUUGAAGUUGGAUGAGAUUUCUCGAAGCGCCAAGUAUAUUGACCAGGCUUUCACCGCCGCCAAUGAGAUUCUCCUGAUGAUUCACAGGGUUCACAAGAUUAAGAUGCUUCGAUUCAUGCCAGUUCGUUGGGUGACUAGGCUUGUUCGUGCUGUGGCUUUUAUUGUGAAAUGUUACCUCUCUAUCACAGCUCACAAGUCUUCCUCAAAAGACGAAGAGACCGGAACGAGCAGUGAGAAUCUCGAUGCAACCAUCCUUUCGCUUUCAUUAAUAUCGGUGCACACCAUUGUUCAUAGCAUCCAGAAAGCGGCCAUUACGUUGCGAGACUGCUCACCAGACGAGCUUCAUCUUUGCACGAGAUACUCGAAUGUUUUAAUGUACUUAUGUUCAGAAAUGAGGACCAAGUUGAAGCAACUGGCGACCGAGGAAGACCCAGACCUUGCUACACAAGAUCAAUCGAAUGAAGCCAAGGAGGAGGUUCAACCCCCUGAACAUUCCAAUGCUUACCAGGAGCAAAGCUACCCACAAAAUGCCGCUCUUGUAUCGGCGAUUACUGAUCCACCGCAAGGAGGUGUUCCACUAGGCAACGAGCCUGCUCCAACAACACAACCAAGCAGUAGUGGUCUCAACUUCUUGGGCGACAGUGAACUUGUGGAAUGGAUGAUGAACAAUAGAGAUGUUGGCCUUGAUUUCGUUGGUCCUUGGACCGAGCUUAUUGACAAACAGUUGGAGGACCAGCACUUCGAUUUCAAUGACGGGCUUAAUUUUGCUAAUUCAUAA